AUGGCUGGCAACGGAUCUCCUAUUCCGCGCAAGGCCUCUCCCUCGCCGUUCGGUCUGCGCAGCGACGAGAACGGAUCUGACUCGUCGCCUAUCACCUUUGCAGGCAGCGUGGGUGCCAAGAGGAACAGCCAGACAUUCGCCCGUACUGAGUCACCGCUCCCAUUGACUACCUCAAAGCUAGGAAACCAGGCUUCUCGUGCCUCAAGCCACAAGCCUUCCAAGGUAAGCCAUGUCGAUAGCUUCGAAGGCGUGGACAUUGUCGCUGACUACCUGGCGCAGAUGCUGAAGACAGAAUCGUCUCCGGAAUCCACUUCUGGCAGCGAAUCCCCCAUGAACACUCUACUCGCCAAGUUGUCCGAGCAGCAAACCAUCUUGGACAGGCAGAAGAACCUGGUCGUCGCUACUGAGCCCCUAGUUGGAGGCGUUCCGCAAGAUCCUCUCAUGGUCGGCGCCGCGCCAGUAAGUGCCAGUAGCUGCGAGAUCAAGAUCUACCUGGACCAUGACUAUGUUCACCCUCAUCUUCGUUCGCCGCUCACUGCGUUUCAGAUCGAUUCGUCGUCCAACGGUGGCAACUCGAUCUCCGCUACGCCUGACAAACCCAACACUCCGGCGACCGACGCUGGCGAAGGAUACGUUGACAACCUCCCCAAGCCCGACCCCGUUGCAUUCUUUCGCAUGCAGAAGGAGCUUGCAAUUGCGAAGCAGGAGCUCAACCGCAUGGAUACGGAGCUUUCUCAGACUCGAAUCGCCAAUCACACUGUCAAUCAGGCUCUUGGUCCUCAGUCGGAUGCCGGAUAUGAAACUCACGGCCACAGCCCUGAGAAGACGGUCCCUUACACCUUUAACUCUACUGUCAAGGUCGCACCCGCUUUGUCCCGUCAGGACACAUGGUCAUCCAGUGACGAUGCACCUGCUGCAGCAAGCGAGACGUUCCCGACUGGCAACUUCAACCGUGGCCGUGGCUCCACUAACCAUGCCAUCUGGAACAACGGCUUCAAGUCCAACCUCCCUUACCAGAUGACGACGCCGUUCGACCAAGCUUCCGCUUACGGUGCGAGCGCAUGGAAUACCGGUGGACGCCAAGGUUUCGGUGCUGGUGUUGGAUUCCCCAUGAACCACCAACCUGGCUAUGGACCCAUCCAGCCGCAGCAGUACGCUAUGCCGGGCUCCAUGGAUAGUGGCUAUCGCGGCACUCCCCAGCUCAUGGAUGAUGCGACUCACUACCCCAUUCCACGCAUGAACCCUCCCAGCAGGCCGACCUCGGCAUUUGGAGGACGCAACAAUGGCUGGAGUGGCAACUAUACGUACAACGCCCCUAUUGGUGGCCCCCGAUUCAGCCCGCCGCACAUGCAGAACAACGGCAUGUACCAAGCCCCGGGUGCGUACCAGGCCGGCCCCAUUGGCAGCCGGCUGUCCCCUACUGCCGCUGAGUUCAACGUUGUGAACGACGCCAAGCCUGUCUGGGGAGCUCCUGGCGACCAGUCGGGUUCCACAUACAUCUCUCCGAACGAGCCGAUCAACUAUCGUCGCCUUCUUGACCGCAAUAUGAACUGCAACUGGGAUCUGAUUGUCAACAAGAUUGUCCACAACAACGACCAACAGGCUUCGAUUUUUCUUCAACAGAAGCUCAAGGUUGGCACUGCGGAGCAGAAGUUUGCUAUUGUGGAGUCCAUUAUCGCGCAGGCCUACCCGCUGAUGAUCAACCGCUUUGGAAACUUUCUCGUUCAGCGUUGCUUUGAGCACGGCACCCAGGAGCAGGUCAUCGCAAUUGCGCAGGCCAUUCGCGGUAAUACGCUCCAGCUCAGUAUGGACGCAUUUGGCUGCCAUGUGAUUCAGAAAGCCUUCGAUGCUGUCCCGGAAGAGUAUAAGGCGAUCAUGGUCCACGAGUUACUCCGCCGCAUUCCCGAGACUGUGGUUCACCGUUAUGCAUGCCAUGUCUGGCAGAAACUCUUCGAACUCCGCUGGAGCGAUUCUCCUCCCCAGAUCAUGAAGUACGUCAAUGAGGCUCUCCGCGGCAUGUGGCACGAAGUCGCUCUUGGCGAGACAGGCAGUCUUGUCGUCCAGAACAUCUUCGAGAACUGCCUUGAGGAGGACAAGCGUCCUUGCAUUGAGGAGGUCCUUGCCAGUAUCGACAUAAUCUCCCAUGGCCAGUUCGGUAACUGGUGCAUUCAGCACAUUUGCGAACACGGAGCUACGCAGGAUCGCACUCGUGCCAUCGAUCACAUUCUCCAUUACGCUACGGAGUACAGCAUGGACCAGUAUGCUUCCAAAGUCAUCGAGAAGUGCCUCAAGAUUGGUGGCACUGAGUUUCUCGACCGUUAUCUUGAGAGGGUCUGCGAAGGCAGCGCCAAUCGUCCUCGCAUGCCACUCGUUGAUAUCGCCGGCGACCAGUUCGGCAACUAUCUUAUCCAGUACAUCUUGAGCAACUCCAGCCCGCAGCACCGCGAGAUUGUGGCUUCGCACGUUCGCAAGCACAUGGUUUCCCUCCGUGGUUCCAAGUACGGUUCCCGCGUAGCGAUGCUUUGCAGCAACCCUGCUUAUGCGACGCGCCCGGGCCCUCCUGCGGGCAUGCAGUUGAACCGUAAUAGCAGCUACAGCCAUGGUCGCGGCUAUGGUGGCUACCGCUAA